UGGGGUCAGGCUUGAGUUGGGUUGACCUGUGAAAGUCUAUGAAGGUCUGCGAGAGAAGCCGAGUGUUUUCAGCUCCGGAAGUGGCAGUUGUAAACUUCACCUCCCGGGGGCUCGUCCCCUCUUGUACCCCUUUGCUCUUUGUCCCCCUCUUCCCGGGUCCUAGAGUCCGUCGUUUUCCUACAGUUUUUGCUCUUAUCCCCGUGGGCUGCCUGAGCCUCCUUCUACCCUUGAGACUUCGAGCGGCUCUUGGGGUCUUGGGUGUGCAGCAUGGAUCACGCGAGACCCUUGAGACCUUAGAUCAUCUAACCUGUAAGCCACAGACAUCUUGGGCAAUUUUAAUCAUCAAGAAAGAAAUAUGUCAUUAAGAAACAGCGGGAUAUUUUGAAAGAGUUGGAAAACAUUAUGAAUUUGAAUACUUUAAGUAAUGGCACUGGUGAUACCCAAAGGUUGAAGAAUGCCUCAUCAGAUGUAAAACAAAUACUUAAAACUGAAACAGAGUUGGAUAUUACUGCUGAUCUCAGGAAGAAACUCCAUCGGGCUAAAAAAGAAAAAUUAGAAAUAACAACCAAACACAAUGCAGAGCUGGCAAGCUAUGAGAGCCAGAUUGCCAAGCUACGGUGCGAGGUUGAAAAGGGAGAAGCAUUGCGACAAAGUCUGGAGUAUGACCUAGCUGUUGCUAGAAAGGAAGCUGGUCUUGGAAGAUGGGCUGCUGAAGAAAGAUUAGCCGAGGCACAUAGGAUCCAAGAAAAGCUCUGUGCACAAAAUUCAGAACUUCAAGCAAAGACAAAUGAAAUUGAGGAAGCAUUUCAGACUUCUCAGCAAAAAUGGAAAGAAGAAUGCAGAAGGUUUGAACAUGAUUUGGAGGAAAGAGACAAUAUGAUCCAAAAUUGCAAUCGAGAAUAUGAUUUACUUAUGAAAGAAAAAAGCAGACUAGAGAAAACUCUACAGGAAGCAUUGGAAAAACAUCAACAGGAGAAGAAUGAGAUGGAGUCUCAUAUCAGGGAGACAGCAUUGGAGGAGUUUAGAUUACAAGAAGAACAAUGGGAAGCAGAAAGAAGAGAAUUACAAUUUAUAGUACAGGAGCAAGAUACUGCUGUGCAAAAUAUGCAUAAGAAAGUAGAAAAAUUAGAAACAGAACAUAUGGACUGCUCUGACCUUUUACGGCGACAAACAAGUGAACUUGAAUUUAGCACUCAACGAGAGGAACGCCUUAGAAAAGAAUUUGAGGCAACUACUCUUAGAGUGAGGAAAUUAGAAGAAAACAUUGAAGCAGAAAGAGCAGCGCAUUUGGAAUCAAAAUUUAAUUCUGAAAUUAUUCAGUUACGGAUUCGAGACCUUGAAGGAGCUUUGCAAGUAGAAAAGGCCAGUCAAGCAGAAGCUGUUGCUGAUUUGGAAAUGAUCAAGAAUGAAUUCAAAGAAGUUGAAAGUGCAUAUGAGCGAGAAAAGCAUAAUGCACAAGAGAGCUCUGCAAAACUAAAUUUAUUAGAAAGAGAGUAUUUCUCCAAAAACAAGAAACUAAAUGAAGAGAUCGAGGAACAGAAGAAAGUAAUUAUAGACCUCUCAAAGAGACUCCAGUAUAAUGAAAAAAGUUGCAGUGAGUUACAGGAAGAACUAGUAAUGGCUAAGAAGCACCAGGCCUUCCUAGUAGAGACAUGUGAAAAUAACGUGAAAGAAUUGGAAUCGAUCUUGGACAGCUUUACUGUGUCGGGCCAGUGGACAUCAGGCAUCCACAAGGACAAAGAUAAACCUCCUAGCUUCUCUGUUGUCCUUGAGACGUUGAGGCGUACCUUGACAGAUUACCAGAACAAGCUGGAAGAUGCAUCUAAUGAGCUAAACAGCAUGAACGAUGCUAGGGAAAAGGCAUGUAAUGAACUUGAUUCUACGAAACAGAAGAUAGACUCUCACACUAAAAAUAUAAAGGAACUUCAGGAUAAACUGGCUGAUGUCAAUAAAGAGUUAAGCCAUUUACGCACUAAAUGUGCAGACCGAGAGGCUUUAAUAAGCACUUUAAAAGUGGAACUACAAAAUGUGCUGCACUGUUGGGAGAAAGAAAAGGCUCAAGCAGCUCAGUCUGAAAGUGAACUGCAGAAGCUUUCUCAGGCUUUCCAUAAGGAUGCUGAGGAGAAGCUAACCUUUCUUCACACCUUGUAUCAGCACUUGGUAGCAGGCUGUGUGCUCAUAAAACAACCAGAAGGCAUGCUGGAUAAAUUCUCUUGGUCUGAGCUUUGUGCAGUCUUACAGGAGAAUGUUGAUGCCCUGAUUGCAGACCUCAACAGGGCUAAUGAGAAGAUAAGCCAUCUAGAGUAUAUCUGUAAAAACAAGUCUGACACGAUGAGAGAGCUUCAGCAGACUCAGGAAGACACCUUUACCAAAGUGGCAGAACAGAUCAAAGCCCAAGAGAGCUGCUGGCACAAACAAAAGAAGGAACUAGAGCUGCAGUAUUCUGAACUCCUCCUGGAGGUGCAGAAGAGGGCACAGAAAUUUCAAGAAAUUGCUGAAAAAAAUAUGGAAAAAUUGAACCAUAUUGAGAAGUCACAUGAACAGUUGGUUCUCGAAAAUUCACACUUCAAAAAACUGUUAUCACAGACUCAAAGGGAACAGACAUCCUUGCUGGCAGCCUGUGCAUUGAUGGCUGGUGCCUUAUAUCCCCUCUAUAGCCGAUCAUGCGCCUUGUCUACACAGAGAGAUUUUCUCCAGGAGCAGGUCAACACCUUUGAGUUGUUCAAAUUGGAAAUUAGAACUCUAGCCCAGGCUUUGUCAACUGUAGAGGAAAAGAAGCAAGAAGAAGCCAAGAUGAAAAAGAAAACAUUCAAAGGAUUGAUACGUAUGUUUCGGAAAGUUGUUAUUGUAGUUUUGGCAGCAAACAGACUCAAGAUUUUGGGCCAAUCAUGUGCCUCUCUUUUUACCUGGAUGGAGAGUUUCAAAGAAGGCAUAGGCAUGUUAGUGUGCACAGGAGAGCCCAAAGACAAGCAUAAAUUUCCAAAACAUCAAAAGGAGCAGUUGCGUUGUUUACAAGCGCUCAAUUGGCUCACCAGUUCUGACCUUCUUGCUGCAAUAAUCAGUUCUAUGACUGAAUUACAAGAUGUCAUUGGUAAAACAGAUCCAAAUUCCAGAAUUUGUGGACAUUUACUCAUAGGUGCAGCCAAGAAUUCUUUUGCAAAACUCAUGGAUAAAAUUAGUCUGGUAAUGGAAUGUAUACCUCUGCACAGUAGCAGGAGUAUUACAUAUGUAGAAAAAGAUUCCCUGGUUCAGAGGCUGGCCCAUGGACUUCAUAAAGUAAACACACUGGCCCUGAAACAUGGUUUGCGUGGCCAUGUGCCCAUUAUGAAAAGCACAGCGUCGUUGCAGAAGCAAAUAUUUGGAUUUACACAAAGACUGCAUGCUGCGGAAGUGGAGCGCCGCUCACUACGCUUGGAGGUCACAGAAUUCAAACGAAGUGUGAAUGAAAUGAAAAAGGAGCUUGACAAAGCCCAGGGUCUGCAAAUGCAAUUAAAUGAAUUUAAGCAAUCUAAAUUGAUCACCCAUGAGAAGUUUGAAAGUGCAUGUGAAGAACUAAAUAAUGCAUUACUUCGGGAACAGCAGGCACAAAUGCUAUUGAAUGAACAGGCACAACAACUACAGGAAUUGAAUUAUAGACUUGAAUUGCACUCCAGUGAGGAAGCUGACAAAAACCAAACUCUUGGAGAAGCUGUUAAGAGUCUCUCCGAGGCAAAGAUGGAGCUGAGAAGAAAAGAUCAAUCUCUGCGUCAGCUCAAUAGACAUCUUACCCAGCUGGAGCAGGACAAGCGUCGACUAGAGGAGAACAUCCAUGAUGCAGAGAGUGCCCUCCGCAUGGCAGCCAAAGACAAAGAAUGUGUUGCAAAUCACAUGAGAGCAGUAGAAAAUACGCUUCACAAGGUCAGAGAUCAGAUCUCGCUGUCAUGGUCUGCGGCAAGUAGGAAUGACUUCACCCUGCAGCUACCCAAACUGCACCUGGAGACCUUUGCAAUGGAGGGGCUCAAGGGCGGGCCAGAGGUGAUAGCAUGCCAGGCUAUGAUUAAAAGUUUCAUGGAUGUCUACCAGCUUGCAAGCACUAGAAUCAUAACAUUAGAGAAGGAAAUGACAUCUCAUCGAAGUCACAUCGCGGCCUUGAAAUCAGAACUUCACACAGCUUGUUUACGUGAAAAUGCAAGUUUACAAUCAAUAGGAUCACGAGACCAUUCAAAUCUCUCCAUUCCUUCAAGAGCUCCUCUUCCUGCUGACACAACUGGUAUUGGGGAUUUCUUACCAUUGAAAGCUGAACUUGAUACAACUUACACUUUCUUAAAGGAGACAUUUAUAAAUACUGUUCCCCAUGCUCUGACAUCAUCUCACUCCUCUCCAGUGACUAUGUCUGCUAAUGCCAACAGACCAACUCAGAUUGGAUUAUGACUUCAUGAAAUUUAAAAAUGGAGGAAGAGUUAACAGUACAAUUAAAAUUGUUUUGAAUGGGAAUUUUCUUAUCAGUUGACUUUUGUUUCAGCAGAAGUGGCAGUGGAUUUAAAAAAUUUGUGUGAUAUCUUGAUGUAUUCUGGUAGCUCUGUCUCCUUGAAUAAUGAAAUAGCCAACU